UACUAUUGUGCUUAAAGAAUGAUGAGCUGAAGGAAUUCCAUGUGAACUGGGAGAACCUCCAGGAACUGACGCAGAGUGAAAUGAGCAGAACCAAGAGAACAUAGUACACAGAAAGUGAAACUUUGUGGAAUGAUCCAAGCCUAGACCUUUGCCGCGUUUCCCAGAAGGACCAUUCAAGGCCAAAAGAAAGAGUUGGCAGAGCAGAGAGCAAACACUAGAUUCUUAUCGCUGGAGUGUGGGACGGCUAUAAGAAGGCUGCCUCCAUGGCAGUUUGUUCUUUACUUUUGCCCAUUUUCUUUGAGAACAAAAUGAAUCUCAUCCUCUUGGCAGUCCUCCUGGCAGUGUGCACCACAGUCAGCGAUGCUCACCCCCGAUCUGUGCUGCAGUUCCGAAACAUGAUCAAGUGUGUCAUCCCUGAAAGUGACCCCCUGAAGGACUACAACAAUUAUGGCUGCUACUGUGGCCUGGGAGGAUACGGUAACCCCGUGGAUGAGCUGGACCAGUGCUGUCAGGUACACGAUAACUGCUAUUCAGAAGCCAAGAAGCUAAGUAGUUGCAAGUUCAUCCUGGACAACCCCUACACCAAGCAUUAUUCCUACAGCUGUUCUGGCAACGAGAUUACCUGCAGCAGCGAAAACAAUGAGUGCAAAGCCUUCAUCUGCAACUGCGAUCGCACUGCUGCCAACUGCUUUUCCAAGGCCAAGUACAACCCAGAUAACAAGAACCUGGACACCAAGAAACACUGCAAGACCGACUAGCAAUACUAGGCUCACUGCCCCCAACCUCCAUUCCUCUGAGCCUUCAUUAAAGCAUUUUCUUGAAAA